CCGCGUCGCGGAGGCGCGGCGUGGCAGUCAGACUAGUCAGUCGGUUCUCGUCCAUCGUGCGGAUCGUGCGGGCUACGGCAACGUGACGUGAGAGAAGAACACUGAACGCGAGUUUACGCGAUUGGACACAGUGACGAAUCGUCGUGCCUCGCAGGCGUUCGUUCGGUAUCUCGCGUGUCGCGACGUGACGCUCGCGUCGUGCUGCGAUUGGUGUAAUAAUCGCGUCGCGUCCCGGAAGGAAGAUAGGUGCGCGUCUCUCUUUCUCUCUCUUUCUCGGGGGAGAGCGGGAAGGAAGAAGAAGAAGAAGAAGAGCGCCUCGUGGACCGCCGUGCGGCGGAUCGUGACCGCGAGACCGGAGGUGCGCGGUCGGCCAUUGUGUUUGCUUUCUUCGUGUGCCGCCGAUACGACCGCGCGGUGCUCUGCUUGUCAAUCGGUGUAUGUGUGCUUCUGUGUGCCAGCUACACCGGGUGAGAGAUCUACGAGAGAGAGAGAGAGAGAGAGAGAGAGAGAUAGACGUACGCGCGCCGCAGCCGGCUACUACUUAUCGGAGCUUCGUCGCCGCCUCUGCUAAAACUCAACCUCCUUGCCGCCCCCUGUCAUCACCGUCAUUCUCUUCCACGAUCGGCCGGCAUCGAGCAUGCGCGUGCACAGGAGCGAAUCCACGAGGCGGUGCGCGCGAGUAACGCGUCGGUGAACGCGCGAAAGAAAUGAAAUGCGCGAGGGGAGCCAUUAGAAAUCCGCCGCCCUCGGCGAAUGUCAUUCACCCUUGGUGCGCAUCGUAAGAAGAAGAGGAAGAAGAAGAAGGGGAGGGGGAAGAGAAAGAAGGGGAGGAAGAAGUGAGCGAAAUCGCGCACGCGAGAUUGGCAUUCCCGCGUAAUUCGUCGUCGCUUCGAAUCUCGGUGUUUCGGCGACCAGUCAGCCAGCCAUCCAACCAUCCAGUCAUCCAGCCGUCCGUUUUGGGGCCAGCGCGCGUUUCAUCGUCAGAAGAGUGAAAGGCACUUCGCCACACGUGGCUCCUCUCUCACGAGCGAGCGCAUCCCGGAGUGUUCGCGCGAUAUUUUCGCGAGGUCACGUUAAAGGAGCACGCACAUUCGGAGUCUUCCCGUCGUUCAUCAACGCCUCGAUAUACGCGCUAUUUAUUUAUUCUAUAAAAAAAGAGCCUUUCGCCUUUGUAUCGUGACAUUAUCUCGCUAAUUGCGCGAAUCUGAGCGCAAGAAUUCAAGAAUUAUUCUCGAUCGGUCGUCGUUUCUCUACUUGCUUAUAGCGCGAUUCUGACCGCGACUACAGACAGCGAGGACAAAUUCUAUCUGGAUGACGGCAGUGAAAGAGCGCGUUUGUCGAUGCUCGCGAGACGCCCUCGUCGGGAGAGAAAUUGAUGGAAUGUUUGAUUGAAUCGACGAUUGUAGGGAUCCGGACGAUUGCGACCGAUCGUUAAUCACGACUCGACAACGAGGAUGAUCGCGCGAAAUCCGUCGAGUGACGAGCGUUGAUUAUGUGAUCAACGCAUUUGAUGACGAAUUUGAGCAUUGAGCGAUCUAAUUUCAUUGGAUUGGAAGAUACGCUAGAUUCACGAACGGCAAUAAACCUUCUUCCGCACAGCUAUUUAGUGAUUUCGCCUAUUAAAAGAUAAAAGAGAUCCCUAGACUGAUAAAAUAUCUACCGACUGAUUAAAUGGGAUUCAUCGUGGCGCCGAAUUAAUUCUGACACCAUCGUUUCUAACGUCAUCCGCUUUGCGAUCGAUUUAAUCUAGAUUGAAAAUUAGUACAAAACCGCCUUUCACAAGGUACAUCUAAACUAUUGUCGAUUAGCCUAAUUACGAGCGAGAACAACCUCAAAGUUAUUCAUCAGCAUUGUCAUUUGUAGCUGAAUGCAAAUGCACCGUUUUUUCUUCUUUCAAGAGACUAAUAGACGCGAUCCUCAUUCGAGGAAUUCUCCCGGAAAUUGAAUCGAGUUGAUCCCGACGAUCGAUCGAGCUGAGAGUCAGGCUAAACAAGUGAAAUCAAACGAAUCUCUCGAUUAAUGAUAAAGUUGCCGUAAAGAAUUAUAUAUAAGAUAUAUCGAGACAUAAUCGACGUCGGCUCCUCGCUCGUUGGUCCUCGGUGAAAGGGGACCGAUCGUGGACCCUGGUGGUGUCCCGGGGCCGCAGAUGGGAGCUGGUCUGCUGGGACCCGGCAGGGUGAUCAACCCCGUGCAGCAGCAGCGACAACAAUCGGACGAGCUCUCCGUCGACGUCAUCUGCCGACGACGUCGUCGACCACGAGGCCCCUUCUUCUCCCACCCGAUUCGGCUGCGAAAAUCCGAUCAAGCUGGAAUUGAUGGAGUUGGAGAACAUCGUCGCGAACACUGUGUACUUGAAAGCGAGAGAAGGCGGUGGUGACAGCAACAAGGGCAAGAGUAAGAAAUGGCGGAAGAUACUUCAGUUCCCACAUAUUUCCCAAUGCAUAGGCCUAAAAGAUAAACUGGACAUCAGGUACGGCUAUGUGGUGGAUCAGCAGCCGAUCGGGCGGCUGCUCUUUCGACAGUUCUGUCAGGACAAGAAACCGGCCUACCAUCGUUACAACCUGUUUCUGGACGCCAUCGAGAAAUACGAGAUCGAGCUAGAUGAAAAUCGUAUCGAGUUGGCGAAGGAAUUGUUCGAGCAAUAUCUGAAGCGAGAAGGUUCGGAAGUGGUAGACAUCUUGAACGAUUCCCUGAUCUCGCAGUGCGAGGAACGACUCAGCACUGGCGGUAAAGAACUCUUCGUCGAAGUCGCGCAGACCGUGAAGAACUUCCUGGCUGGCGAACCAUUCUCGGCCUUCCUCAGCAGUUUCUAUUUUUACAGAUAUCUUCAGUGGAAAUGGCUGGAGGCGCAACCGGUGACGUACAAGACCUUCCGGAUGUAUCGGGUGUUGGGCAAGGGCGGUUUCGGUGAGGUCUGUGCUUGCCAAGUGCGCGCCACCGGUAAAAUGUACGCGUGCAAGAAGCUGGAGAAAAAGCGUAUCAAGAAGCGGAAGGGCGAGUCGAUGGUGCUGAUCGAGAAGAACAUCCUGCAGAAGAUCAAUUCCAAAUUCGUCGUCUCGCUCGCAUACGCGUACGAGACAAAGGACGCGCUCUGUCUCGUGCUGACAAUCAUGAAUGGCGGCGACCUAAAAUUCCACAUUUACAACAUGGGCGGUGAACCAGGUUUCGACAUAAAUCGUGCCCGAUUUUACGCAGCCGAGGUGGUGUGCGGUCUGGAACACCUUCAUCUUCAGGGUAUCGUUUACAGGGAUUGCAAACCAGAGAACAUAUUGCUGGACGAUCAUGGUCACGUGAGGAUAUCCGAUCUCGGUCUUGCGGUGGAGAUCACCGAGGGCGAUAUGGUGCGCGGUAGGGUUGGCACAGUGGGUUACAUGGCGCCCGAAGUAAUCGACAACGAAAAGUACACCUUUUCACCGGACUGGUUCAGUUUCGGUUGUCUAUUAUAUGAGAUGAUUGAAGGUCAGGCACCAUUUCGCGCCCGCAAGGAGAAAGUCAAGCGCGAGGAGGUCGACAGACGUGUCAAGGAGGAUCAGGAGAGGUACUCGCCCAAGUUCAGCGAAGAAGCCAAGAGUCUAUGUCAGCAGCUGCUGAAGAAGAGUCCGAAGAACAGACUCGGUUGUAAGUGCGGCCGACACGGGGCGAAGGAGGUGAAGCUCCAUAAUUUCUUUCAAUGUUUGAACUGGAAAAGGGUUGAGGCUGGUAUGUGGGAACCGCCAUUUGUGCCGGAUCCUCGCGCAGUUUAUGCCAAAGACGUUCUGGACAUUGAGCAGUUCUCCACAGUAAAAGGUGUCAAUUUGGACGCCACGGACGAUACCUUCUAUAGCAAGUUCAACACUGGCAGCGUGUCCAUUCCAUGGCAAAAUGAGAUGAUAGAGACUGAGUGUUUUAAGGAGCUGAACGUACUAGGUCCUAACAACACGCCCACCCCAGACUUAUUGGUAAAUCAUACUCCGCCCAACAAUGAGGACAGAGGUUGUUUUCCCUUUCGAAGAAAGAGAAAGCAAAGCGCUCGUACAAGGGAGAUCCCACUGUCAGAGUGCUAUCUGCAAGAGUUAUCGCAGACGCAGAGCUCAGAAAUGCCAGCCAGCUGAUCCAGGAUGAACGCAAAUAACAGCCUGAAUCGAUCGACGUCGUCGCCGUUUCGACACUGUUGCCGCGGUUGACGACGACAUAUGUCCAAAUACUGCUGCUGUCAGUGGCUGUUGUGAUAAGAGCAAGCCGAUCUCUGAUUUUUCCUCUCGACAACAUCCGAAUUUUCGGCUUACGAAUACGGCUACACGGCUCGCUUAAUGAGAAAGCAUUGCGACUGCAAAUCUAAAGUGUCAUGGUUCUCGACACAUCCUCUUGGAUUCGCUAGGUCGGGUCUGAUUAGGUCCGCGCGACAAGAAUUCUACAUGCAUACACCUCUACGCAUAUAUAUAGUCAUAUGACAUAUGCCAGUAUUGUAUACAGUCAGGUGGUAGGUAUAUAUUCAUUAUUAAAUAAUAUCUUCCUCGGGCACGACACGCACUUUUGUGCACAUAUUGACUUGCUUUAUUGAGCCUCGAUUUAUGAAUCACAGACGAGAAUUCAAGGCGGCAUAUAUGCAUAGAUGAUUAUUUUAAUCGGCAUAAUGACAAGAUAGGCGUCAUUUUAAACGAGAGAAAUAUAAGUUUCACAAUAUCUUAUUUUUCAUUAAGGCUCGAAAUUUUCUCGAAUUUCGGUUAUAUCUUAAGUUGAGAAGCAACUUUGGAAGGAUGAAAAAAAACAAGUAUAUUUAAGUAUACAAAAUGCAAGCGGAUAUGCAAUCAUUUGCGUAUAUAAAAAUUUUUUAUAUGUACUUACGAAAAUUUUUUUAAAAUUGAGACCACGUAUAUAUAUAUAUACACACACACGAAAUUAAUUUAUAUGAUAUAUUGAUUUAUUUAAAAAGUGUUUUUCUCGUCGCAUUUAUACGAUAGAUUUUUUUUUUGUAUUGCUUUAUUUUUCAAAAUCUAGAGAUUCGUUGCCAUACUAUCGAAAGAAUCGAAGAGCCAUCAUUUUGAUGCGCGAUCAAUCAAGUGCGACGAAUCGUAUAUAUGUGAGAUAUGCCGCAAUAUAAUUUAUAUUUGAAUCGUUUUAAGUACUUUCCAAGAAUCUCGAGACGCAUUCACUUGAUCUAGUUUUCUAUCCCGAUAUGCAGUUUGUAAGGUCGUAUUGUCGGAAGCGAUUAAACUAGAUGGCCAAGAACUUCGGGUCGUAAACGCGCGAAUGGCUUUUAUGAUUUGAUGAAUAUUGUGCUCUAGGAUCUGGGAUGAAAUUCGCGUGUUGGCCGAAAUAGAAUAAGACUGGCGCGUAGACGAGCGAUAACGCGAGCGCGCACGUGGAAACCGACAGGUCGUAAAAGAGCACGUGACCCGGCGCUUGCUCGUUGCUGCGGUGUAUCGCGACGUUAAGCUACCGGUAAACGGACACCCGAUACCACCGCGGAGCAAAUAAACGCCCGCGUGCACGCUCGUUUAUAAACGUUAACCCGAUACAUAUAUACUGGAGGUUGAAGGCACGUGCGUGUAAUGUGAAAGCGAUGCAGCGGAAUUGAUGGCGCCGAGAAGGAUAUAUUGAUGCAAUAUUGCCACAAUUGUGGUGACAUCGAAUAAAUUCAAUAAAAUAACGAAUAAAAAUAAAUGUAACAGAAUGUUUUUGGUUGUUUCACGUUUUUGUGAAAUAACAAGAACAAUUCGCGUCUACUCGGAUGUCUUUAAUACACUGUACUUUGGUUUAACCGCGGAUUGGCAUUACCGCUAAUUCACAUAAAUGGGCAAUUGUCCAGAAAACAAGAAACGAAGGAUAAUAAACCGGAAUUACGUUCGUCGACAGUUUCGAGUGUUAUGAUCGAGCGACAUUCGAUAUCAGUUUAGUUUAACAGUGUUUUUCCAAACGUAAUUAUAAUAGUCGCAUAUCAUUUCUCAGUAUUUUUAUCUUUUCAGUAUCUUCUUUUAUCUCUUGAAAAAAAAAAAAUCUCACAAUGAGUUGAUCCAGUAUUCAAAGUCGAUCUGGAUAUAAUAUGAUUAGAUAUAUAAUUUUAAUAAUAAAAUAACGCUUCUGACAAAUUUUAGAAAAAAGUCGACUUUUAAUUUAUCGAAGAAUCUGUCUUUUAAAUUAGAUUAAAAUCGAAGAUUUCGGGCCAUCCUACUUAUCGAAAGAAAUAAUACUAUUAUAACAUACUAAAGCUUUAUUUUUAUUACAAAGUAUCGGAGAUUUAUUUUCUGUCACGUGGUAAAUAAAUUCCUGCGACACCUCAGUAACGUUGUCUGAGAAACGAGCGAGGAGAUUUCGCGAAUCGCACGACGGAUCGGAUUAACGACACACUUUCGGACUGUUUGCGAGCACUUUGGCUGUACUCCAAUCGUGAUUCGCGUGCCAACGAUUGGAGUUCUUCGGCUAUUACAUAUCUGGCAGAGUUGUCGCGGGCCACCGUGUCGAGAAUGUCGGGUAGUUUUUCUUUUUAAUGCAUCUCAUAAACUUCGAUGCACUCGAAAUUGCUCUUCUUAAUCUCAUUGAGAAUUUCUGUGACAGGAAUCGAUAUGAUAGAUUCGCAAAAAAUAAUAUCGCAGAAUCGAACGAUAUUAAAAGUAAUAAUAAAAAUAGUUUGUAAAAUUUUAUUUUUAAUAUCUUUAAAAAAUAUUGGCUCAAUGAUUGUUGCAUGAACAUAUAGUAAUUGGUCUUGAAAAUCUGCUAUCAGAUGUUAUAUAUGUAACUUUUCCUCGAGAAGCGACAAAGAGAUAAUUAGACGAAAAUAUUAAAUUAAGAUAAAUGUUUGAAGAGCUCAUUCUAGAUUUACAAGCGGCACAAAAAGUGUGUAAGUAUUUUUUUGUUUUUUUUUUUUUUUUUAUUCGUGAAGGAAUUAUUAUUAGAAAGUGAGAUCGCACAAACAGACUUGCACACGCACAUACAAAUUAAUGUGAAUUAAUGAAAGGUAUAUAUCCGAGUUUUUCAAGUUGUAUUUUUCAAAUUGAUAAGCAAAAACGUGGAUAAAUUUUUAUGAAUUGAAUUAAAAGUUGCGCAUUUAUGUUAUCACGGCAAUUAUAUCAUUGAUGAAAAGAAUAUAACUUGCAAAAUUCAGUUAUUAUUAGGCUGCAACGAUUUACAAUAACAAAAUUGCGUUUAGCAAUUGCCAUACGAACAACUUUUCCGAACAAAUUUCUUCUCAUGGUUCUAUAUUAUCAAGAUAAUUACUCUUUAUGAUGAUUAUACACUGAAAUAAGACUAAUUUAUCGAAAACGAAAUUAAAAGAAUGGAGGUCAAAUGUCUCUCGGUUAAAUAGGAGAAUUGAUCAUUCCUUAUAUUAUGUUUAGAUAUUUUCUCUUGGCAUACAUAUGACGGAUUUAUAAUAUUAAACCUGCACUUAUCUGAAAGAAAAAAAAUUAAAUAUUGACAUAACAUAUUUUGAAAAAAUAUCGAAAAAGAUGGUAUUUUAGAGAGAAUUCUUUCUCUUUGUUUUAUACAGGUAAUUUAAAACACCGGCUUCAAAAACAAUACUUUUGCAAACAAAAAAUUCGAGAUCUUUUUCUCUCAUAAUUCAAGGCAUUAUUUUUGAUACUUGGCUGACUAUUUGACGUCCAUUUUUCAACGCGCACAUAAUAUCGGACAUUGAAAUGAUAGGAUAUGUACAUCUAAUAGAGAACAAUGACUGGAGUGAUUUAAGUUAACCGCUAAUUAAAAUUCCCGACGUCGAUUCUUAUCACUGAUACAUAAUUUUCGUGGUAAACAUGUUAUUCUAUCACACGCUGUAAUGAUUAUGUCAACCGACUCGAGAUCGAUGUGUGAUAAAGCAGAUGUGAAAAACCUUUCUCAUUGCAUACAUCGCGGAAUACGCACUCGCUCACUGACGCAUUAUGUCACACGACAAUUCUCUCAUCGUCGACGCGGACGCGAAAGCAUUAUUAUUUCUUAAAAUAUAAACAGAAAGAGAACAAUUAUUUCUUUUUUAAACUUGGUUUAAAAAGAUCUGAAGCUAAUUUUAAAAUUUAAAGAUUGACUUAUAGAUAUUUUAUUAGUACAAUAACUUAUAAAUUAAUCAUUAUUUAAUUUUGUAUACAAAAAUGAAUCUUUAUCUACUUUUGUGCGGGAAGAUAUUUUCCCGAGAAGAUUUUCAGUUUGCAAAAUUUUAUUUAACGAUACUAAUUAUAUAUCAAUAAUAUAUCAAUUUGUGAUUAUCAAUUGAUGAUUUUGCGAUUGAUUCUCUCCGCGUCGGCAAAACACUUUAGAAUAGAGAAUCUCUUGUUAUCUUUCAACUGUGAUUUCUCGAAAUGUCUCCUGUUUAAUCCUGCUACAUUGUUAAUUUAUACCGAAUGGUUCAGAAAUAUUUUUUAAGACGUUAUUUCUUCUAUCGCGCGUUCAUCGUUUUAUAUCGACACGGUAAGAUAUUACGAUUUAAGGAGAUCUAUUGCGAGAUCUACGGUCUACAAUGAUUGUAAACUAUGCGAUAUGUCCGAUUAUUAUACAUAUAUUCACAAAAUACCAAAUUAUUUAAUAAUUUUUCUAAUUAAGUAAGCGCGUAACUUAUUCACAUAUAUAUGUAUAUAUGCUUAUACAUAUAUAUUUUUGUCUAUGUAACGUAGAUAUAAAUAGAUAUAUACAUAUAUAUACGAUAGACUGCUCUGAAUAUACUUUUGCAAAUAGCAUUCGCUUCUCUUGUACAAUUCGUAUUUAAAUUACGCAUCUGUGUAAACAUUUUAUCGACGCGAUUACAUAUAUGAUACGUGGAUUAGAUAUUCUGUAAUUAAAAUCUCAUCUAAAGAAGAAGAAUCUUACUUUGGAAAUAUUACAUUAUAUAUCACUCUUGUUGCCUGUACAUAAUUACAUUCGCACGCAAUUUUCUCGUCGAGCAAACUCGAGGCCAAAUUUUCUCUAAUAAUGAUGGAUUAAUUAUUGAAUAAUAAUGAAAAAAAAAGAAUGUUUGACUUAAAAAGACGGAUAUGUAUAUCCUCUGCGUUAAUAUUUGUCGUACUAACAUUUGGUAGUUCCAUUCCAUUUCGUCAUGCGAGUGAAACGAAAGUCUUUGUCCUUAUCUUUACAGGAUAUUGAAAGGAUCCUGGAAGAAUAAUUAAAUGAUAACUAAAUGCCUGAGCAGGUAUGUUGCUUGUGCCAGUUUAUCAUGUCUGUUGUACGAGAGAAAUAUUUUGAAACAGGCUAAAAGUAUUAGAGAGCGCACAUACGUCUUCAAAGACGAUCAAAAUCAAUCGCUGCGAAUGUGUUGAAAGCGAAUUGUGCGCUUAUAUUAGAUUCGUCCGAUUCUACGCGUCGUUAUAUAUAUAAUUUCGAUGAUAAGACAAUGACAGAUCCAAAUACCAUGUGGUCUCCAAUAUGCCAGUAUAAUUUAGAAUUGAUCGACAUAGAUAACAUGUAAAAACAUUUUUAUUAUUUUAGAUUAAAUUUUAUAUCAUUCUUGGAUAUAUAUUAUUUUUCCUGUAAGAUCUGUCUUGUAAUUUUAUAUACAACGUGGCCCAUUGAAUAAAAAAUUUGGGAUCCCAAAUUAGUAUAAAAAUAAUAAAUUGUCAAGCCUCGAGAACUAAUAUCGCUCGCGAUUUUUUCGAGGAUUCUCUUCGAGCGAUGAUUUUGGACGAUAAUUUAUCGUGCAUGAUCUUUAAUCGUCCAUCGUUGAAGGAAUUAUAUAAGGAAUAAUAUAUAUAUAUAUAUAUAUAUAUAUAUAUAUAUAUAUAUAUAUAUAUGAAAUGAGUAACAUAUUACGCGAGGAGGCCGACAGUUCUCUGUGUAAAUACGUCAGUGAUAGUAAUAUCAAUAGGAACUAAUUAAGCACGGGACACACAGACUAGUAGAUACUUGUAUGUAUUAUAUUAAUGUAAGGCGCGAAUAAGAUAAGUCGCGUGUAUUCGCGAAAUGGUGUUUCGCGCCGAGGCGACGUUUAUCGCUCUACGUAUCUCGUCUCCCCAUUCAUCUUUCCUCUCUCAUCCACCUGUUACCGUGUCAACAUCACCUAUAAUAAACGCCUCGCUGCUUCAAUUGUGACGUCGUAUCCAUCAUGCCAAGAUAACCGAGCUUCAUUUUAGCGUUGAUUGACUUAUCGCGGUGGCAUUAGCGCGUGUAAUAGUAAUAAUAGUAGCAGAGUGUAUAUAAGCAAUUGGGAAGGGGAAAUCGUCAAAAGAGCAAAUGCGGUAUCAGAGAUAAUUGUGACACUGCGAUGUUUUUACACAGUGAUAAAAAUUGAUAAUUGUAGUACUAUUGGAAAAUAAUAGCGAUUUCAUAUUAAAAAGAACUGUAUGUUGCGCGUAAUUUUAAUUCUAUUAUCGGUCUCACACAUUUGCAUUUCGAUAUUAUAAUUAUUUUGCGAUUAAUCUUGCAUAAGCUAUUUUUGUGCAAUGCGACGUUACGCCUGAAGCAGGCUUAGAUCUUUAUCAUUAUACGACGAUGUCAUUGUAACGGGAGAUUAUCACAAAUCAACUCAUUAUAGAGUUAAUAUGUAAUUAUUAUCGCGACGUCGUCUUACUGUAGAUCAUAGCGUGUAUUUAUAUAUUUUAAUGAGGCGAGUUUCAAUAAAUUCCCACAUACACACAGAUAGACACACGUACAUGAAGACGCGUUAGAGUAUCUAGUUUAAUCAUUAAUCGCGAGUUUUUCGCGCAAGCCCGUCGAUGGAAGGACAAACUGUAGCAAUAUGAAAGCCUAACGAAGCGUCUUAAAUUAUAAACGAUAUAUGCGCGCACACGAUUAUUUGUACGCUUUGUAUUCUUCCGAUUUAUCUGCUCCAGAAAAAAAAAUAGUGUAUCGGAUGAAUGAACGUUGGUCAGUGAUUAAUUAGUAAUUUGAUAGGGUAUUAAUUCGUUUUUAUAUAUGUAGUGAAAUCUUUGCGCGAGACAUUUCGAUUUUUUUUUUAUUAUUAUUAUUAUACGAUCUAGCAACGUAAACAAUUUAUGUAAUAUUUUUAAAUUUGAAUUUUUAUUAAGUUUUAAGUAGACGAGCGAUUCGUUACGCAAACAGACAAUCCUGGAAAGGGAAUCGAACGAAGAUAAUGUAAAAUAAUAUUCUGUUCUACGCGUAGAGAGCCAAAUGAAUAUUUUUUUGUUUUUUACAACUUCGAUACGUUGUACAACCGCUGCGGAAAAAAAGAUUAUAUAAAUAUUAUAAAUAUAUACAUAUAUAUUAUCGUGUGUAAGUUAUAAAUACGCGCGGGCCUACUGUAUUUAUAACUUAUAUGUUUAUACAUGCAAAAUAUAGAAACGUAUAUAAUCAGA